AUGGCAGAGCGAACGCAGCGAAGCUUCAGUGAUGCUUCAAGCCAAGAAGGCUCCGAGUGGGAACGAGGACGCAGCAUUGAGGAUGCGCAUUCUGUCGUCCAGGACUUGCUGGAGCGAGCCGUCGCAUCCAUCCAGGCCUCCAACAACCAGGCCAGCCGUCGCCGGGUACGCCAGCGGCUGCAAAGGAAGCUCAGCGACUUCUUGGCCAAGGACCAGUAUGAUGAGGCGAUGCAGCAGUUCAAGAUCCUAUGCGAGAGCCGGCUAGGAUACGUCUGGCGAGUGGCCGACAAACAUGCUGAAGAGCCAGGCGUAUGCUAUUUGCACUUUAACGAGUCCAAUGGGCACUUGGAGCACUGCUUCGUUUGA